GCGGUCACAUGACGCACACACGUCAUCGAAUCCUCAGUGAGUAGGGUCUCGGGUAGCUCCCCCUCAGCCCUAAGUAUUUGCACAGCAGUGUAAGGAGCGGCUCCCUAGCGCUAUGGAGGGGAGAUGGCCCGAGUAUCACAUCCGAUUCCGACCCGGCUGGGUCGAGGUAGUGCAGGAUGAUGAUGAUGUUCCCAGCAGAAGAGCCUUGAUAACAGGGGCUACUGGUCUCCUCGGUCGAGCUGUAUACAAAGAGUUCAAGGACAACAACUGGCAUGUACUGGGUUGCGGGUACAGCCGGGCACGGCCUCGGUUUGAGUCACUUAAUCUGCUGGACACGUCUGCAGUGAAAGAACUGGUCCAAGACUUUAAGCCACAUGUGAUUGUCCAUUGCGCGGCUGAGAGAAGACCUGAUAUUGUUGAGAAUCAGCCAGAUUCUGCUGUCACGCUAAAUGUGGAUGCAUCUGAAAAUUUAGCUAAAGUAGCAGCUGCAGCCGGAGCGUUCCUCAUCUAUAUUAGCUCAGAUUAUAUUUUUGAUGGAACUAACCCUCCUUACAGAGAAGACUCUGUGCCCAAUCCAUUGAACCUGUAUGGUAAAACCAAGCUGGAAGGAGAACGAGUAGUGCUACAGAACAAUGAUGGUGCUGCAGUGCUUAGAGUCCCCGUGCUGUAUGGAGAUGUGGAGAAGAUAGAGGAGAGCGCAGUCACUAUUAUGUUUGACAAGGUGCAGUACAGUAACAAAUCCGCCAACAUGGACCACUGGCAGCAAAGGUUCCCCACGUAUGUGAAGGAUGUGGCCAGCGUUUGUCUACAGAUGUCAGAGAAAAAAAUUCAGGAUCCUUCGCUGAAGGGCAUUUUCCAUUGGUCUGGGAAUGAACAAAUGACAAAAUAUGAAAUUGCUUGCGCCAUGGCGGAUGCUUUCAACCUUCCCAGCAGCCACCUGAGACCAAUCACAGAUGAACCUGUUGGAGCGACUCCUCGUCCUUGGAACCCACAGCUUGACUGCUCCAGGCUGGAGGCCCUUGGCAUUGGACAGCGCACGCCCUUCAGAGCCGGCAUUAGGGAAUCCCUCUGGCCAUUUUUAGUUGAUAAAAAAUGGCGACAAACAGUUUUUCAUUAAUUUUUUCUUCCCUGUAGGUGAAAUUGAUAUUUUUACCUUUUUUUCUUUUCUUGAAGAAAUAUAGUUUUGUAUUGUUGUUGUUAAUACUUAUGCUCUGACAACGAAUGGUCAGUUCCGGUUACUAGGUUGAUGGCACACUUGAGCAUAAGGUUGAUUCUUCCAUCAUAUAUGUCAGCUUCCAGGUCAUUGAGGCAGAAGUAAAUUAGAAUAAUUUCUGUGAUUUAUUAUACUUGGCCUCCGUCAGAUGCUCCUGCUUUAUGUGCUGUUGUUAGAUACUACAACCCCUCAUGGCAGAUACAGCCAUAGAAUUAGUUUGUCAUUUACUGCUAAAGCACUGUACAAUUCGUACACAGUGUUAUACAACAUAGACCGGUGUUUCCCAACCAGGGUGCCUCCAGCUGUUGCAAAACUACAACUCCAAGCAUGCCCGGACAGCCAACGGCUGUCCGAGCAUGCUGGGAGUUGUAGUUUUUCUACAGCUGGAGGCAAUCUGGUUGGGAAACAUUGACCUAGACUCAUGCCCCGUUUCCUGCUUAUUCAUGGCAAUUUUUUUGAUUUUUUUUUUCACAAAGGAAACAGCAGAAUAUUUUGGAAGACACCCAGGUUGUGUCUGUACUGCCAGAAGGUAUGUUAAAGGGGUAUUCCACUUUUAGCCAAAAAAGAUUGCUUUUUGUAUAAUGAAACGGUAUACAAUUAUCCAGUCUGAUUUUUCCUCUCUGUUGCCAUCAAUGCAGUAUGGGGCCUUUUAUUGUAAAAUUUUGUCCAUCGAGUGGAUGUCUGUCCUGAUCAUGUGAUAUGACACAUGACAACGGUACUGUAACACCACCACAUGACCAGGACAGAUUGUUAUCCACCGGAAGUAUGCGAUGAAGUGUCUUUUUAAAGCCAUGAAAAAUUCAUACAGAAAGUAUAUUGAAAAAUUUUAUGGCUUUUCAUAUGCACAGAAUAUUGCUGAAAGCAGAGUACCUCCACAUUUAGUAAACAAGUAUAUGUCUGAACAAUACUUUCUCUUAUUGAGUCAGAAGAAUUGACUUUCAAAUUGUUUUGAAGAAAUAGGCCCAACAAAACAUGCUCCGUAUAGCACUUGUUCUGGUCUCUGUCUAGUGACAUACAUGUGAGGUACCAUACCUUUCUCUACAGUCUGUUCUUGUUAGCAAAUCCAGUCAUUUUUCUCCAGGUUUGGUUCAGUGUUCUUCUUCCUAGAGUUUAAUGAAACCUUAUUCAGCACUUUUUAUGUUGACUUAUUUGCUUGAGUACAAAAUAAAAUACUGUAUAUUUCUAGAAA